UAGUAAUCUUUGCAUGCAUCAGACCUACAGCUUCAAGAGAGGCGAGAAACUAAAGAGAUUAAGGAGAUGGCAGAUAGAAACACAUGUAGGACUCUUUGCCAAUGGCUCAAUCAAGCUAAGCCUUUCAUUGCAAUGGUGUCUCUGCAAUUUGGGUACUCAGGAAUGUAUAUUAUCAGCAUGGUUUCUUUGAAACAUGGCAUGAGUCAUUACAUUCUUGCUUUGUAUCGUCAUGUAGUUGCAACUCUUGUCAUCGCUCCUUUUGCUCUUGUUCUUGAAAGGAAAAUAAGGCCGAAGUUGACACUCCCUAUCUUCCUAAGAAUAAUGGUGCUUGGUUUUCUAGAGCCAGUGCUUGAUCAGAACUUGUACUAUGUGGGAAUGAAGUACACAUCAGCAACAUUUGCCUCUGCUUCAGUCAAUGUUCUUCCUGCCAUAACCUUUAUAUUAGCAAUUAUUUUCAGGUUGGAGAAGAUUAACGUGAAGAAGCUACAUCAUGUGGCCAAGAUUGUUGGAACAGGAAUUACAGUUGCAGGAGCAAUGGUUAUGACUUUGUACAAAGGUCCAAUCAUCGAUUUCUUAACUUCACAUGGAGGAAACCACCAUGGAAGCAGCACUAGUGAACCCAAUAAUCAGCAUUGGGUUACAGGGACACUAAUGCUCCUGGCCAGUUGCUGUGGCUGGGCAAGUUUCUUUAUAUUGCAAUCAUUCACGUUGAAGCUAUACCCAGCAGAGCUCUCUCUUACAUCCUUGAUAUGCUUCAUGGGUAUGGUGCAAGGAGCAGUUGUGUCUCUUGUAAUGGAACGUGACAUGACUGCCUGGAAAAUAGGCUUCGAUUCCAGGCUUCUUGCCGCUGCUUACUCUGGAGUGGUUUGCUCUGGAAUUGCAUAUUAUGUGCAAGGAAAAAUAAUCAAGCAAAGAGGCCCUGUUUUUGUAACAUCUUUCAGCCCACUGUGCAUGAUCAUCACUGCAGCCCUGGGAACUAUUAUUCUAGCUGAGCAACUUCGCCUUGGAAGUGUGAUUGGAGCAGUUCUCAUAGUUGCUGGCCUUUACACCGUUGUAUGGGGUAAAAGCAAGGAUCAGACAACCUCAACAACAAUACCACCACCACCUUUGUCAAAUGAGAAAAAUGACAACCUUGAAUUUGCAACCAAUUUUGAUAGUAGCAGCCAGCAGAGCAAAACUUCCAAGGUUUCGGCCAACAGCACUCUGCCUCCCGUAUGAGAUUAUAGUUGAGAAAUUUUAUAAUAAUAAUAAUAAUUAACGUACUGUAACAAGUGGGGGACUAUAUUUUAGAUAUAGACACCCCUCUGCCUGAUGUAUUACGAGAUUUUGAUCACUAUAUGCCUAUAUAACCUUUUCCUUUUUCUUA